AUGCCAGGAUUGUCGUGGAUAGGAAACGCCAAUGAACUCGGUGCAGCGUAUGCUGCCGACGGCUAUUCCCGUGUGAAUGGAUUUGGUGUCCUCCUCACGACAUGGGGUGUUGGUGAACUGUCAGCGCUGAAUGGAGUAGCUGGUGCUUAUGCAGAGAGAAUUCCUUUGCUUCAUAUAAUCGGCUCUCCCCCCACCAUACAAGCCAAAAAGCGCCUUCCUAUUCACCAUUCCUUCGCUGAUGGAGACUUCGGAGUGUAUAAGAGAAUAUCCGAGCCUGUAUCGACGGUAAUGGAGGAGAUCAGUGAAACAGGUCAAGCGGAUACGAUAGACCACGUCUUGCGGUGUGCACUGCAAGACCGGCGUCCUGCAUACCUUUCCAUUCCAACGGAUAUGGUCUUUAGAGAGAUCUCAGGUGCUCCACUCCUUUUCCCCUUAGUGGAACAGAGUCGUGGUCCAAUCUCACCUCUAGAUGAAGAAAUUGCACGCCGAAUUUUGACCUACAUUGAGGCUGCGCAAUGUCCUGUGAUCAUUGCCGAUGUUCGAGUGCGACAAUAUGGCUGUUCUGAGGCUUUGAGCAAAUUGCUUGACACGUUGCAGCUACCGACUUUUGACACUCCCCUUAGCAAAGGUUUGGUUGAUGAAACUGCACCCUCAUUCAUGGGUACUUAUAUUGGUGCCAGCUCAAAUCCUGAAGUGGCAAGUAGGCUUGGUGAGGCUGAUCUCGUUGUGCGCUUUGGAUACCUGGAGACUGAUUCGAAUACAGGUGGCUUUAGUGCUAAAAUUGACCCUCACAAGCUAAUUGAUCUUAAUGUGAAACAAGUGCAGUUCUUUGACGGUCCUGAGCAAAGUGUUUCAAUGAUGAUACAUAUUCUUGAGCACCUUUCUGCGCAUGUGUCUAGGUGUCCCAUCUCAAAACAAGCACCUGUUUUUGAUUCAAGAAAUAACAUUGUGUCAAACACGGACUCAGACAGUAUGAUCACCCAACCUCAUUUAUGGGCAAAAAUAUCUCAAUUCCUUAAACCCAACGACGUGGUUAUAUGUGACACUGGAACAGCAUCGUUUGGUGUGACGGAUAUCCGACUCCCGAGGGAUUCUAAGCUGCUUUCUCAGAUGCUUUACAAUUCGAUUGGAUGGUCCGUUGGUGCUGCCGUAGGUGCUGCAAAAGCUUUGCAAGAGCAGACGAUUGGCAAACUACCUAGGCGUCUAAUUAUAAUCGUGGGCGACGGGGCUCUUCAGACUACAGUUCAGGAACUGUCUACACUUCUUCGUAUUCGUGCUAGCAACGUGAUCAUUAUUGUGCUGAACAACGAUGGAUAUACCAUCGAACGCGCACUUCAUGGUGCCUUCAGGCAGUACAACGAUAUUAUGCCCUGGAACUACUCAAGGCUACUAAAGGAUUUUGGUGCAGACCAAAAUGAACGAAACAGUAUCGUCGCAAAAACUGCGAAAGAUGUGCAAUGUGCUUUCGACGAUUUUACAGCCUCGAGCACACAAUCGAUUAUGUUGUUGGAGGUAUAUCUUGCGCGAUGUGAUUACCCAAGAAUCCUUUCUAAGCUCGGCCAGGUGUCUCGUGAACGGAACUCGUACGGAUAUGCUCCAGAGUAUAAUAACUAA